AACGACCAAAGCCAAUCACCCCGCCUCAAUUACGCCAAUGCUCGCCGCAGGAGAGGGAGGGGGUUAUAUUAAACCCAAGUCCGCCAGCUUGUAGCUAGGUCUUGUAUAUCGAUCUGAAUUGUACCAAAUUUCCAUCAAACCUGAUAUCAGAAUCCCAUUGCCCACCAUGACUGCCCAAGCCGCAGACGGAAAGCAGAACGGGGACCUGUACCGCGACUACAUUGAUGACCGCAACGCAAAGUCGCAGGACACUCUCUAUUGCACAAGCAAUGGCGUCCCCUAUGCGCACCCAUAUGAGUCGCAGCGAGUUGGCGAUAAUGGCCCACUUCUGCUCCAGGACUUCCACCUGAUCGACCUCCUCUCCCACUUCGACCGUGAGCGCAUUCCAGAGCGUGUCGUCCACGCAAAGGGAAGCGGUGCCCACGGCUACUACAAGACCACCGACCCCCUGGAUGACUUGUGUCUAGCGGACAUCUUCCAGGCUGGAAAGUCUUGUCCCAUCACUAUUCGCUUUUCCACUGUCGGAGGAGAGUCUGGCUCCCACGAUUGCGCCCGCGACCCUCGAGGCUUCGCGGUCAAGUUCCGAACCGACGAGGGUAACUGGGACAUGGUUGCCAACAAUACCCCGGUCUUCUUCUUGAGGGACCCGGCUAAAUUCCCACACUUCAUUCACACCCAGAAGCGUCACCCAGCCACUAACUUGAGUGGUGCUGACGACUCGACAAUGUUUUGGGAUUAUCUUUCACAGAACCCCGAGUCGAUCCAUCAGGUCAUGGUCCUCAUGGGUGACCGAGGGAUUCCCGAUGGCUACCGCUUCAUGCACGGAUACAGCGGACACACCAUGAAGCUCGUCAACAAGAAUGGCGACUGGGUAUACUGCCAAUUCCACUUCAAGUCGAAGCAGGGAACCAAGUUCAUCACCCAGGCGGAUUCGGCGUCCAAGUCUCCCGACCACUCACAAAAAGAUCUGUUCUAUGCCAUCGAGCGUGGCGACUACCCCGGAUGGGAUGUUGCUGUCCAGACCAUGACACCCAAGGAGGCAGAGGAACUCUGGGAGAAGCAGAAGAUCAAUGUCUUUGACCUGACCCACAUCUGGCCGCAGAAGCAGUUUCCUCUUCGCAAGGUCGGAGAGUUCUUCCUUAACGAGAACGUUAAAAAUUACUUCGCUGAGAUCGAGCAAGUAACUUUCAACCCAUCACAUAUGGUUCCGGGUAUUGAGCCAUCUGCCGACCCAGUCCUCCAGAGCCGACUCUUCUCUUACCCAGAUACCCACCGUCAUCGGGUUGGAGUCAACUACCAGCAGCUUCCAGUCAAUGCUCCUCGAGUCCCAUACAGAAUGGCCAAUUUCCAGCGAGCCGGAAGCAUGGCGUUUUACAACCAGGGUGCGCGACCGAACUACCUCUCCUCCAUCGAGCCCGUCUCGUUCCGCCACAGGACUGUCGACCUCAACAAGACCCAUGGCCACUUUACCGGCAAGGCCGUCACAUUCUUGUCUGAAAUUCGACCAGAAGAUUUCAAUGCGCCGCGCGCUCUAUGGGAGAAGGUAUUUGAUGAUGGCGCCAAGGAACGCUUCAUCGGCAAUGUUUCCGGACACAUGGCCAACUGCUCCGACAAAGAGAUCAUCAAACGCCAGAUCGGUAUCUUCCGCGAGGUUUCAGAGGAUCUCGCCUCUCGUCUUGAGAAGGCCACUGGUGUGAAGGGCUACCCGGGGAUCUCCAACCUACGAUUCAAUGGAACACACAACGGCAUGGCGAAGGAUCCGAGCCUGCGAGCUGCGAACGGCAUGACGCAGAAGGUUGGCUUCAGUGCAGUGGACAAUAACGGAGCACCAACACCAGGAACACACAACGCUUAGCGGACUAGUAGAAGUGGACGGAAGAUAACAAUGGGGAUAGUGCAUAGGAAGAAAAAUACCAGAAUGGGCACAACAUCUCCUGAGGAUAUGCAUGCUGCGGGCAGG